GCGGUUGCCUCACGCAGUCAGAGUCGGUUGGGGGAAGGUUGGGAUCCGAGUAAGCGCUCGCAGCAGCCGCCAUCAUGAGGGAGAUCGUGCACCUGCAGGCCGGGCAGUGCGGCAACCAGAUCGGGGCCAAGUUCUGGGAGGUGAUCAGCGACGAGCACGGCAUCGACCCCACCGGCACCUACCAUGGGGACAGCGACCUGCAGCUGGAGCGCAUCAAUGUCUACUACAACGAGGCCACAGGUAGGGCCGGGCCCCUCCCGAGCCGCCCCCACUUCCCCCGGGCUCCCCGCGCCCCCCCCGGCGCCGCAGUGACGGCUCUCGCUGUGUUCGCAGGCGGCAAGUACGUGCCCCGCGCCGUGCUGGUGGACCUGGAGCCCGGCACCAUGGACUCGGUGCGCUCCGGGCCCUUCGGGCAGAUAUUCAGGCCGGACAACUUCGUGUUCGGUCAGAGCGGAGCAGGAAACAACUGGGCAAAGGGCCAUUAUACGGAAGGUGCUGAAUUAGUCGAUUCUGUGUUAGAUGUUGUAAGGAAGGAGGCAGAAAGCUGUGAUUGUCUGCAGGGCUUUCAGCUUACUCACUCCCUGGGUGGUGGCACAGGCUCUGGCAUGGGUACCCUUCUCAUCAGCAAAAUCCGUGAGGAGUACCCAGACCGAAUUAUGAAUACUUUCAGUGUGGUGCCCUCCCCUAAAGUGUCAGAUACCGUGGUAGAGCCCUACAAUGCCACGCUCUCGGUGCACCAGCUGGUGGAGAACACGGACGAGACGUACUGUAUCGAUAACGAGGCGCUGUACGACAUCUGCUUCAGAACGCUCAAGUUAACGACCCCCACCUACGGGGACCUGAACCACCUCGUGUCGGCCACCAUGAGCGGUGUCACCACCUGCCUGCGGUUCCCGGGCCAGCUCAACGCUGACCUGCGGAAGCUGGCGGUGAACAUGGUCCCCUUCCCUCGCCUGCACUUUUUCAUGCCUGGUUUUGCCCCGCUCACGAGCCGUGGGAGCCAGCAGUACCGGGCUCUCACCGUGCCAGAGCUCACCCAGCAGAUGUUCGAUGCCAAGAACAUGAUGGCAGCGUGCGACCCCCGCCACGGCCGCUACCUGACGGUGGCCGCCGUCUUUAGGGGCCGCAUGUCCAUGAAAGAGGUGGACGAGCAGAUGCUCAACGUGCAGAACAAAAAUAGCAGCUAUUUUGUUGAGUGGAUCCCCAAUAACGUUAAGACAGCGGUCUGUGACAUUCCACCUCGCGGCCUCAAAAUGUCUGCCACCUUCAUUGGCAACAGCACGGCCAUCCAGGAGCUGUUCAAACGCAUUUCUGAGCAGUUCACUGCGAUGUUCCGCAGAAAGGCCUUCCUGCACUGGUACACGGGCGAGGGCAUGGACGAGAUGGAGUUCACAGAAGCUGAGAGCAACAUGAACGACCUGGUGUCUGAGUACCAGCAGUACCAGGAUGCCACGGCCGAGGAGGAGGGGGAGUUUGAGGAGGAGGCUGAGGAGGAGGCAGAAUAAAGCUAUGCAGUUGAACACCUGUAAAUUUUGUUUAAAGUUGUAUGAACUCUCUCUCAUUCAAAGGUUCUGUUCGUGUUGUGUUAUUAUUGCUGUUUCCGAGUCACUUGCAAUGCUGUACAGGCACCAUUAAAGCAGUUUUCACAGUGCAAA